GCCUACAGGUACUCUCUCUCUCUCCCUCUCUCUCUCUAGUUUAUUCACCUUUGGGAUACAAUUAGCACUCUAGCAGUUAGAUGAAAUGCUCAAGCUAAUUUGUUUCAACUCAUCAACACUCUGAUCUCAUUUUCUCCCCAUUUUUUUCUAACUGUUCCCCUCACUGAAUCAUUUCAAAAUUCUUCAUACAGAGUGCACAAUUGUUGCGGAAGCAAGAAACCCCAUGGAAUCAAAGCUAAAAAAACCCAGAAUUUCCAUGGCAGCAUGUGGUGAUCCAAGCGAUAAAAAAGAUAAAAUCAGCAAUUUGCCCGAUCCGAUUUUACAUUAUAUACUAUCGUUGUCAUCCCCAAAAACCAUCGAUGUCGUAAGAACAAGUGUAUUGGGGCGACGGUGGAGGUUCUUGUGGAAUUCAAUCCCUUAUCUGGACCUUGAUUUGGAAAACUUUUUCUGGCCUCGGCUUAACAAUUUGGUUAUGGAUUAUGGGCGAUUGACCGAGGCUUUCAAAGGUUUUAUCAACUGGGUUUUGAUAAAUGGGUCCUGUGACUAUAAAAAGUUUCGCCUUUCUUGUUCAGAUUUCUAUGAUGCAGAGACAGUUGCGCGGUGGGUUAUUGUUGCCACACGGCGCAAUGUCCAAGAGCUUGAUCUACAGUUUAGCCCUUCUAAUGCAUUUGAUUUGCCCUAUUGUCUCCUGACUAGUAAAUCUUUGCGCGUGUUGAAGUUGAAUUUGUUCCUUCAUGUUCUAAAGUUGCCUCGUUCCAUUGGAUUUAGCAGGUUAACUUCUCUUGAUCUCAUGUUGGUAGAGUUACCGGAUGAGCAAUUGCCUCAAAAGCUUUUCUUGAACUGUCCCUUUCUAGAGAGUUUAAGUUUGGUUAGUUGUGUUCUGAACAAGCUCAAGGUUCUUGAUAUCUCUGCUGCUAAUCUCAAGUUUUUAACUAUAGAUAACAAUUGUAUGGGCUUGGAGAACAGUGACGCAGAAUACGGCUUAAGUAAGAGCAAGCUUAAGGUUUCGUGCCCGAAACUAAUUUCCUUCAAGUACUUGGGUCCUCUGGCGCAAGAAUACUCUCUGGAUAACCUAUCAUCUUUAAGCUAUGCUUUUUUUUACUUGAUACAUGGCUAUGAGAAAACACCAUUUGAAGAAGUUGGUUACCUUCUGUGUAAGGCACUCCAGGGUCUUUACCAUGCAACAGUAUUGAAACUAUGCAUGUACUUCUUGGAGUUUCUUUAUUGUGUGCUUGGUGAAGCAACAUGCUUUUCAACACCACUUUCUAGUCUCAAGUCCUUAACACUGCGUGUUGGAUUUGAUGGAUGCCACAUGGACGUCAUGAUCCACUUGCUCAAGUACUCCCCCAAUCUAGAGGCUCUAACAUUGGUUUUUGACGAGAAUGAAGAGUUCGAUAACUGGAAUUUGAAGCACGAGGAUAUUCCAUGCUUGACGUAUCAUCUCAAGAUGGUUGAGCUGAUUAAAUUUGAAGGUAACAAGAGUCUCUUGCAGUUAGUAAGUUUCUUCCUAAAGAAUGGGCAUGUGUUGGAGAAAUUCAUCAUUACUUGGGCUGAAUGUGAAGAGACAUCAAUGGAGAUUAGUGAGACUAUAUUGGGAUUUCACAUGUCCUCUGCAAAUGUUGAAGUAAUAUUCCUGGAACCCAAGUUACGUGUCGACUUCUUUUCUGUAUGAAAUAUGUAGCUUCUCUUGUGAAACUGGAAAAGUUUUCUGCGUAGAUCGUAAGAGUUCAUAUUUUCACUUUGUUUCCGACAAAGAUUGUCAAUUUUUGGUGAGUUUUAUGUACAAGUUCAUGGAAUAUUGUAUGUAAAGAAUUACUCGUUUCACCCA